GGGGGGGGGGGGGGGGCACAGUCAACAAAGCCACUAUAUCCCUGUCCCUAGGGGCUAUUACAAUUGAAUUGUGGAGUAGGCUAAGCUGGAGAAAGCGGGGAAGGCUUAACAAUAUUUUUUAUUGGUUAAAAUCUGCUUCGUGAGAGAAUAUCCUCCAAUAGAAUUUGUGGCUUUUUUUGUAAACAAAUAACUUAAGCAAAAAUAAAUGGGGAAGUCUUGAGCCUUCUCACGUUUGUAUUGGUUGUUCCUAAUUUGCGUUUUUGUUUACUACCUCUUCUUUUUGAAAUGCGGAGAAAUUGUGGAGAAAUUUCGGUCUGGAUGAGUCUGUUUUUUUCGUUUACGUCGCAGACGAAGAAAAAUGCGACAUUGUGAACGCAUAAACGAAACUUUAAACAAGUAAACAAACAAAGAAAAAGGAUGCUUGCUUUUAGUUUGGAAUUACAAACCGGUGACUCAUUUUGUUUUUUCCAUAGCAUAUAUACCCGGGUUUUCUAAUACUUUUCUACCAUCUUCAGACCAUUGAUCUUUAGUUUACCAAGCUUUCCAUUUUUAUAUUUUGACCAACGCAAUUUCCCCUUCGCUACUAUUUUAUUAUUAUAAAAAAAUCUUUCCUUUUCUACUACUUUGUCCUAUAACACAAGGAAAUUAUCUUUCGUUUCUUAUUUUGUUAAUUCUUUGAUUUUCUAAGACUAUUCAACAACUUUUUACUUGUGUCAAUUUUUUUGCUCUUUUCAAUAUGCAACAAUCUUCUCAAGCACUUUCUUCCUCCAUGAAGUUUUGGAAGGACCAUCCUAUGAAUGGCCAUAUCUUUUCUCCAAUGACUUAUCGCAAUCCUCUCAUGCCUUCUGUCCCUACAAACAUUCCAAUGGGAGCUAUGCAAACUCGAAUGAAUCCCGGAAUCGCCAACAAUGGUGAGUUUCCUUACGCUUUAACAUUGGCAUCCCUUUACCAAAAUGGAACUGCUGAGCAAGCUAAUAUUUUAGCUAAUUUCCGCAUGGGCAACAUUACUCAACGACAACCUUAUCCUCGACCUCUCACUGAUACGAACAAAACUAAAGAAGAUGAUUUCGGAAACUUCCAAGUCCUACCUUAUGGUUACUGGGACUACCGUGCUGUCCUUCUUCACAAUAUGCCUGCUUGUUACAAUAUUUCCGAAUUUAUAAACCUUGGACGCUUUGGUACUCUAGAACGUAUUGUUCCACUUUACGAAAGAAACCAACUAUUUGUUACUUUUCUUUCUGCCGCUGAUGCCUUUGACUUUUAUAAUACCGUUCGCUAUACCGAUUUUGUUUUCAUGAACCAACGACUCAUUGUCUCCACCAUUGACUUUAUGCCAUUAGAACAAUCUAUUAUGGAAGCAUGCCGUCAAGGAUUUACCAGCAGAAAUGUUCAAAUCACUGGCUUUCCUUCUGAUUUUGAUGAAGCAGCUUUAUUUCAAUAUGUAUGUUCUCUCGGUAAAGCUGAGCUUAUUUCGGUUUCCAGGAAUACCAAUUCUAUUUAUGUCCAUUAUUUGAGUAUUACAGACGCUCUUCACUGCAUUGAUUCUCUUUUAUCCCAUCCGUACUACAGAAUUCUGAACUCCUGUUGUUAUUAUGAACGCUGCGAUCGUUACUAUCCUUUUGAUUUCCAAGUCGAAAAAACAGUUCCUAGUUCAAAUUUCGUGAAAUCAAAAGGUGUUUCAACUAAGAAUGUACUGAAAGAAUCUUCUAUCCAAAGCCGUUCGAACCACUGUCUUAACAAGUCUACUGUGAAGAAUCCUUUUACCCACCAUGAACACAAAUCCAAUCCAAUUAACCCUUCUUCCUGGAAUAAAAAUGUUUUUUCAGAAAAGGAAACUGCCCUUACCUCUAAUAAACAGCGCGUACAGCCUGAUAGAACUACCAAAACAAAUUCUACUGCUAUAACCGAAUCUCAACAAAUCCAACCAGAAAUAAACGAAUCUUUCCCUGACUCUAAUAUUUCCCAUAAAAACGACUCUACAACUAUCCCUUCAAAUCAGAGUCCCAUAUCAGUUGUCAACGAUCAUUCUAAGAAUAAUGCCUUACAAAAUGUUACGAAUCCCUCUUGCAUUGCUUCUGAUUUACGCAAUUCGGCUGUUGUUGAAUCCACUGAAAAAUCCGUCAGCUCUACAAGUUCUUCAUAUGGUAACGAAAGUAAAUCUCAAUCCCUUCAUGUUCGUGUAGAAAGCGAGAUUUCAACCGAUAAAAUUGCUUUCUCUACUUUGAACACUACAAAUGUUACAAUUUACGACACAGCGAAUGAGGAAUUUUCUGGGAAUCUAAAUGUGGAUAUAAACAUGGAUAAUGUUACCAAAGAAAAAGAUAAAACUGAAAUAAGCAAAGAAGAUAAGAAAGAUUUAUUUAGCGCAACAUCAGAUUCCAAUUCCUCUUCUGAGAAAAUUCUCUCCUCAAAUGAGAAUUAUACCGAUUCCAAAAAAGAAGCAGAGAAAGAUUUUCCAAGCUUUUCUUCCUCUAUGGAUGAUAAAUACACAGAAAAAGAAUCACACGCAGAAAACAGUAUUAUAGCACAUACUCCUACCUCAUUUGAAUCCUCCUUCGAUACAGAUUCUCCUCCUCCUCUUCGCACUGAGCAUACUAGUGAAGAUUCCAUUUAUGAUUUAAGAACUAUUCCAAAGCUAACAAUAGAGCUGUCCUCUUCAAGAAGCUCCUCCGUCCUGACAUCUCCUACGCUUGUUGGUUCACCUCUUGAUACUCAUAUAAAAUCUUUAUCUGACUUUUCCGAAUUUGCCUUGGAUAGCACAUCCAAACCUUAUACCAAUCAGCAUCUUGCUAUUGAUCUUGACCCUUGUUAUAAAAACCGAACUCUUUUCUUAAGCAAGAUUCAUAAAGCGGCGAAACAACCUGAAAUUAGCAGACUGUUUCAAAUGUUCCCUAUUGAAGAAGUUCGUCAUUUUCCAAAGAAAAGGAUGUGCUUUGUAACUUUUCUUGAGUCUUAUGACGCAAAGAUUUUCCUGGAAGCUCAUCAAAAACAGCCAGUUUACUUACAUGGUCGACCAGUAAGACUCGAAUGGGCUAAGUCUGAUAAUCCUUUCACUGAUGAUCUUCUAUAUGCAAUCUCUAAUGGAGCUAGUAGAAGUAUUACUUUUAUGAUGAAUCAUUCGUCAUUUACGCGAAGCGAACUUGUCUCCGUUUUCAAAAAAUAUGGUGACAUUGAAAGCUUUCUUUUCACCAAGAAAAGUAAUUCUGGUUCCGUUACAUACAGCAGUAUCUAUGGUGCAAUAAAGGCUAUGGAAAGCUUGCAAUCUCAUUCAACCUUUCAAACUGCUACCAUUGAAUUUGCUCAAAACGAUCGACAUGACUUACUGAAUAGUCCUUAUAACCAACAUUUUCCCCUUCCGCAAGAAAAAAUUAGUCUCUCUAAAGAAUUAUUAUCUUUCUCUACGAUCCAAAAACUUUCCUCUUGUUUUCCAACUCAUGAUUCUAAUUAUACUUUACGAUCAAAAAACAUCGACACUCAGCCAACAACCCAUGCUAUCAUUUCCGCUAACGGAUAAUUCAUCUUUAUAUUUUGUUGAAAGUGAACCUGAAUUUAGGCUUCCUAUUGUCUAACAUUGUCUAUUCUCUAUAUUUAUAUAUCCAUAAGAUUCUUACUGAAAUAAAAACAAUUUGAAUUGAAUUAUUUGCAGUUGAGCUUGUAAACUAAUUUGUCAAUUAA